CGCCUCGCCGCGCAGGCGCGCUAGGGGCGGGGCCGCUCAUGCGCAGUCCCUCCCACGUGUCACUCGGCGCCGCCGCCGCCGCUGCAGCCAUGCCGUCCCCCGAGCUGUUCCUGCCGCCCCCCCCCCUGGACAGCAGCGCCCAGCGCGUGCUCAUCGCCGCCCGCCUUCUCGCCCGGCCCCCCCCCCGCGCUCCGCUCGGCCCCCCCCCGGGAGCCCCCGCCGCCCCCCUCCCCGCCCUGCGCACGCCGGGGGGGGCGCUGCUGGGGGGGCCCGGCCCCGCCGCCAUGUUCCUCUGCCCCCCCAACAUGCUGGGGGGGGGCGCGGGGGGGGCGGCGCUGGUGCGGCAGUGGGUGGUCGCCGAGAGGGAAGUGGCGCCCGCGGGGGCCAUCGCCCAGGGGGGGGACGCGCAGGCGCGGUCCCGCGCGCGCCGGGAGCUGCUGCGGGUGCUGGGGGCGCUGGAGUCGCAGCUCGAGGGGCGGAGCUUCCUGCUGGGGGAGGGGCUGACCCUGGCCGACGUGACCCUGACCUGCGCCCUCCUGGGGCCCUUCCGCAGGGUGCUGCCCGCCCCGGCGCGCUCCCCGUUCCCGUCGGUGCUGCGCUGGUUCGAGUCCUGCGUGCGGCUGCCCCAGUUCCGGGGGGUCCUGGGGGACGUGGAGCUGUGGGGGGCGGGGCCGCCCCUCCCCCCUGUGGAGCUGAGCCCCGUGGGGCAGGAGGCUGGAUCUAUGGGGCAGGAGGAGGGAUCUAUGGGGCAGGGGGGACCUGUGGGGCAGGACUCGGCCCCUCCCCCCGCCAAGACCCCAGCGCAGCUGAAGAAAGAGGCAAAAAAACGGGAGAAAUUGGAGAAAUUCCAGCAAAAACAGGAGAAGAACCGGGAGCUGCAGGCUCAGGCUCGGGGGCGGCGCAAGGAGCGACGGGACCCCCAGGGGGUGACGUACGACGUGGAGACCCCCCCGGGGCAGAAAAAGGACGUGUCGCUGCCCCUCCCCCCCUCGUACAGCCCCCGCUUCGUUGAAGCCGCGUGGUACAGCUGGUGGGAGGGGGAGGGGCUGUUCCGGCCCGAGUACGGGCGCUCCAGCGUCUCCGCCCCCAACCCGCGGGGCGUGUUCGCCAUGGUGCUGCCCCCCCCCAACGUCACCGGGACCCUCCACCUGGGCCACGCGCUCACCGUGGCCAUCGAGGACGCGCUGGCCCGCUGGCAGCGCAUGCGGGGGGUGACCACGCUGUGGGUCCCGGGCUGUGACCACGCCGGCAUCGCCACGCAGGCCGUGGUGGAACGACGGAUCUGGAGAGAGCGGCGGCAAACCCGGCAGCAGCUGGGGAGGGAGCGGUUCCUGCAGGAGGUGUGGGGCUGGAGGAGAGAAAAGGGCGACCGGAUCUACCAGCAGCUGCGGCGCUUGGGGGCGUCUCUGGACUGGGAACGAGCCUGUUUCACCAUGGACCCCCGCAUGUCCCGCGCGGUGACCGAGGCGUUUGUGCGGCUGCACGACGGGGGGCUGGUGUACCGGAGCACCCGGCUGGUGCACUGGAGCUGCGCCCUGCGCUCCGCCAUCGCCGACAUCGAGGUGGAGAAGCGGGAGCUGGGGGGCCGGACGCUGCUGAAGGUUCCGGGGUACGAGGAGCCCGUGGAGUUCGGGGUGCUGGUGCAGUUCGCCUACGAGCUGGAGGGGGACGGGGAGGGGCCUCGGGAGGAGCUGGUGGUGGCCACCACGCGCCUGGAGACCAUGCUGGGGGACGUGGCCGUGGCCGUGAACCCCGACGACCCGCGGUACUCGCACCUACGGGGGCGUCGGGUUCGUCACCCGUUCACGGGGCGGAGCCUCCCGGUGCUGCACGACCCCUUCGUGGACCCCCAGUUUGGGACGGGGGCGGUGAAGGUGACGCCCGCCCACGACCCCACGGAUUUCGAGGUGGGGCAGCGGCACGGGCUGGACAUGGUGACGGUGAUCGGGGACGACGGCACCAUGGAGAACGUGCCCCAGCCCUUCCUGGGGCUGCCCCGUUUCUCUGCCCGCGCGGCUGUUCUGGAGGCGCUGAAGCAGCGGGGGCUGUUCCGGGGGGUCACCGAGAACCCCAUGGUGGUGCCGAUCUGCAGCCGCUCGGGGGACGUGGUGGAGCCGCUGCUGAAGCCGCAGUGGUACCUGCGCUGCGGGGAGCUGGGCGCGGCCGCGGGCGGGGCCGUGCGGGCGGGGCAGCUCCGGCUCCGCCCCCCCAGCCACGCCCGCACCUGGUUCCAGUGGAUGGACAACAUCCGGGACUGGUGCAUCUCGCGGCAGCUCUGGUGGGGCCAUCGCAUCCCGGCCUAUUUCGUCACCAUCGAGCAGCCCCACGCGCCCCCCGGCGAGGUCAGCGCGGCCGCUAUGGGGCAGCCGUGGGGCUGGGGCGGUUAUGGGGCAGCCGUGGGGCUGGGGGUGGUUAUGGGGCAGCCAUGGGGCUGGGGUGGUUAUGGGGCAGCCGUGGGCCCGUAA